AAGAUCAAGGGCCUCUACGACAAAUUGAAAAAGCGUAAGAACAUGCGGAAAAGGGAAACGAUUGAAAAUUUUGACUCCUUCUUGGACAAGGAGUUCCUUCUUGGUAGAGAUCGUGCUGCAGACGAUCACCAUGUACCUGAUUCCCAUGUUCCUGAUCCAUUACAGUGACGCAGAUAGAGCUGUUCGGGAAAAAGGCGUGGCUCUCUGCAGGCAGCUUAUAGAACUAGAGCAGAAGGGCAUGAACCGGACAAUACGCCCGAAUGGAAAACCGCGGAUAUUUUGCAAGCCAGAGAUUAACAGAAAUGCAAAAUCGUACCUUGACCUUGUCAUUUACAACACUGACAUCGAGGAUAAAGAUCCGGUGAGAAAGACUAAGUCUUUCAAACCGUACCAUUUAUUUGGUCUCUGUUACAAAACUGCGUGCAAAGAGCUGAAGUGGGCUGCAGUCACUAUUCCAUCGGUAGUAAGGGUGCAUCCCUCUGAUCCUGAUCAAUUCGACAGGUUCAUAGAAUCACCUUUGGUGACGAAAUAUCCCUGCCACCAGCAAGCAGUCGAAAGAGCGGUGGCACUGAUGACAGAAUCAAAGCUGAAGUGUGCUAACAAAGACAUGAAAGCAGGACACCACAUUGUUGUCUCUGAGGAGAGGCAACAAAAUCCAGGAAAACAGAGGAAGUUCAAAAAACUAAUGAAAUGAUUUAUUAAAAGAGAACACUCGUUAUAUAAUAUUUUGUAUGAUGUUUCACAAUAUUGAGUUUAUUCCCGAAAAUUUCGAGACUACUUCUUUAAAAUUAGCUUUCUCUGGAUGAUAUGCAGACUGCAGCAAAGAAAUAUCAAACAGUCAUAAAUAUGUUAGUGAUUCCAUCGCUAUACUUCGUCCACACACUGAACUUAGCAAUCUUGAUUAUAAGUAUUAAACAAUGCAAUAUAUAUAUAAAUAGAUUUUAAUUCCAAGUGUUCGUAGAAUAAUUGAAAACGUAGCACU